AUGGAUCUGCCAGCUCCAAAUGAGGCAGACGAUGAAACUAACCCUGAAUCUGGGUUGAGCCGAGCAACCGACGUUCAGAAUCUGACUCUUUUCGAUGGAAGGCCGUCUUCUGGGACGCCACGAGAGCAAGCAGUCGAACCGGGCUCCGAGCUGCGUACCGCACAGUCUUCGGUUCAAGUCGCGCAAACUUCAGCUGAUGAGGAGUUUCCAGCGCACGCCUCUCUCGGAACUCAGGCUGUUGCGGUUCCAGCGCCAGCAGCAGCUGCGACAAACGCCCAGCAGGUGAACUGUCAGCAGAAUGUUCCUCAAGCAAGUCCGCCUGCCGUGCCGGAAGAGGCGUGGGCAUACGCCACCGAGGAGGAAAGCAAGAAUGUGUUUGCGGAACUACGAUGCUUCAGUGCCAGGGACCUCCCCUGUAGAACUUUCAUAUACAGAUCAGGAGCGACUAUACCGGAGAGGGCCUGGCUGGACCUCGUGCCUGGGCAAACCCGCUUCAUAGAGAUCAUUAUCCCUCUAGAGUUUUACACAGUCUUUAAUCCCGCUUUUCCCAGAAAGCAGCUAUGGGGUCGAGGGCCAUACACGAUAGAUUCCGAUAUUGUAGCAGCACUUGUGCAGAAGGGAUACAUGGAGCCGCUUCUGUAUUACGUAGUGCCUCCAGGCGCAUACCCGUACACUGAAAGAGUUCUCUUCGGGCGAGCCCAUGAACACGACAUAGAGUCCAUGGCCCCGGGCAUGAAUAUGGUAGAGGGACUUGGUAUCUCUGCUGGGAACGAGCGAGUUGAAGGCGCUACGUCGAUGCUCUGGGCGAGCGGCCCCGACCCCACAGCAACCGUGGAAUCGGGCCGAAAGCAGCCGUCCGCGUCUAGAGAACUAGUUGCUCGCUUGAAAAUUCGUCGAUUGACUCCUGGCCGAAAGGUUCUGUACCCGUCGUAUAUUCACAAUGAGGUCUACUCACGAAAAUGGAUUUACUGGGGUGACGAUAAAACAGAGCCAUUCGCAGAGUUCGAGAUCUCUCGAGCGGAGCUGCUGGUACCCACGCGAACUGAAUCACAGGCUCCACUACAUCCCAUGGAAUGCAUCGGAUAUCGGCUAAGAAUUUGGAAACGCGAAGAGUUAAGUCAACAAACUAGUCUUGAGCGGAAGGUCUACAGAUUUUUGAAACUCUCCUGUGAUGGCUUGUCGCUGAGCUCUCCAAUUAUGAGCGCUGCGACGGCAGCUGCAUUCAUGCAUGCAGCGGGGGACCUGCAAUCCCCCAUGCAAGCAUCUCUCAUCAACGGAAUGGAUGUUGCGAAACGCCGCAGGAUUGCUUUCCUCCAUGACCACACAUUCCGCUUCAGCCUGAGUAUGGAACCGUGUCUUUCUUAUGGGUUACAUUUGAUUUGCGACCGGGGCUCCCGACAGGAUUUGCGCUUGUCCUCACGCCUCGUUACCGAGGUUGCGUACUUUGAGAACGCGGAAGGUCGUAGAUUCGAACUUUCUCAAGGAUCAAUGGACGCAACUGGAACGCCCUUGUACCGUUUCAUGGAAGUUCCGAAUCCACAUCUCUUAGACCGCAAACAAAUGAUCUCUGCAGGUGUACCGCUGCCGCCUGCGCUUGUUCGUGUACCACCCGAGCUUGCGGAAUUUGGCGAGGGGGCCGAGUUUAUGGCCUGGUCGGAUGUCGCAUUCGGCGCCGAUCACCUUCGCGUCAAAGGUGUCGUCCUACCGAAAAUCACAGGCGUUUUUUUCAUUACGCGCCCUCCCCAUGCGAAGAACAGAAGCACGAAAACUCAAACGGAAAAUCCGACGAAUGCAGUAAUUGCUCAUGAACGGCAUACACUCAAUGAAUCCGAGAGUGCAGAGAGCAGCAUCGGGCAUGUGCAAUAUGAGGAUGCUACCGAGCUGGCGUCUCGAGCCAACAAGGUUGAUCAGACAUCUGGUGGUGCCCCGCGCGACAACGAUGGAAUGAAGCGCGACAAGAGCCUCUCAAAACGAUCUUCUGGCGUCUAG